AUAUUUCGAACUGCAUGUUUGGGCGGGAAAACAAAAGAGACGCCAUUUUUGUUGGAUAGACGCACAGACGGUAUCAACUACGAUAAUAUUAUGUGGGAUAAUACUCUAUGUUCCUGUGACCAUCCUCCUGAUCCUUAUGUCUGAGUGACGUAUUCCAAAUUUGUUUGUAUUAUGCUGUUAUAAAUUAUUGAUGUUAAUUUGAAGUUGAACCUGAGACAACAAGAUGUUUUAUGCACACUUUGUGUUGAGUAAAAAAGGGCCAUUGGCCCGUAUAUGGCUGGCAGCCCAUUGGGACAAAAAACUGACAAAAGCUCAUGUGUUUGAGACUAAUAUUGAUAGUAGUGUCGAAGCCAUCAUGCAGCCAAAGGUGAAGCUAGCAUUGAGGACAUCUGGACAUUUAUUGCUUGGUGUUGUGAGAAUUUAUUCACGGAAAGCAAAAUAUUUGUUAGCGGACUGUAAUGAAGCAUUUGUUAAAAUCAAAAUGGCAUUUCGCCCAGGAGUUGUGGACCUUCCAGAGGAAAAUAGAGAGGCAGCAAUAACAGCCAUCACCCUCCAAGAAAAUUUCCAUGAUUUUGACACAACACUUGCAGAUUUGAAUGAUUUAGAUGUACAAGCCCAAUUCUCUGUAAACCAAAGUCGUCCAGAGGAGAUCACCAUGAGAGAGGAUCUUGCCAGCAUUGCCUUUGUGGGAGAUGAUGGUUUUGGUGUUAUGGAAGGUUUUGGUGGGGAAAUGGAUGAGGAUGAGAUAUGUUUGAUAUUAUUUGGAAGCCAAGGCUGUGUUAACUGUGACCUUACAUGGGAUGAAUUAUUCAACAUAGAUUUUUUCUUAACAAAAGUGCCAAAAGAAACCCAUAAACAGCCUUCUAAAUGUGUUUCAACAACAACUCAUUCCACAACAUUUAACCAAGAUUCUACUUGUAUCUGUGAUACCUCUAUUAAAAAUAAGUGCUCUUGCUCUUGGGAUUACAUCAAGAAAAAACAUGUGGAAAGUACUACCUCCUUAGUUCCUAAACCCAGAAUAGUGAAACUGGAUUCUGGUAUUGGUAUGGAUAGCGAUCCAGGCCACAGUGAUUUCUCCGAUGGUGAAUCGGAUUAUUACGUCGACUGUGCCUGCGAAAGUGAUUCCAAUGUGGAAAAUACGCCAGACGUGUCUUCACAGUCUCCACACAAAUGUCUCAGGAUGUCAACCUCUUCACAGGGUGAUGUAGAUGUAGGUGGAUUUGAUGAACGAGAAAUCCUUCGUGAUGCCACCAAUUUGGAAGACUCUCUGUACAAACAGCCAGACAUCUCCAAUCACCAACCAGUAGAGGAGAAGGAAAAAACUCUUAAUGAAAAUGCAACAGAAAAAUCUAUUAAUAUGGAUGUGGACCUUGAAGCCCCUGUGACUGAUGAUGGAUUCGGAGGUGCUGUCGAUGGAGGAUUCAUGGAUGCAGAUGAUGAUGACGAUGAUGAUAAUGAUGAUGGUGGUUUUGGAGGAGGUGUUGAUCAGGAGUUCUUUGGUGACGAUUUCAUGAACUCCGGUGGUCUGUUUGAGGAUGCGCCUAUGGCUGAUGUUUCUAUGCCAGCACCAGUAGAAGUUGAGGGAGCCGUCCCAGAGAAAGCACCUGAACCAGUUGGAUCAGAAAGUAUACAGCCAGAAGCAGAACCAGCUCCGCCACAACAAACAACAGUGGUUGCAACAGAACAAACAACCCUCAUCAACAAUGAGGAAGAAGCAUUUGCUUUGCCUCCUCUUGAUGCCACUAUUGUACAAGGUGUUUCAGAAAAGAAGGGAAAGAGGAAGAGAAAACUCAUUGUUGAUGAACAGAAGGGCAUUCCUAGUGAAACCAUGAAACUACAAUUAUCAGAUACAUCUGAUGUGAUAUCAACACUUGAUUUGGCCCCUCCUACCAAAAAGCUUAUGCAUUGGAAAGAAACUGGUGGGGUUGAGAAGUUGUUUUCUCUUCCUGGUCGAACAAUCUCUUCCAGAGCUGCUUCAAAGCUUUUUGGGAGAAAUUUGAUCACAAGGCAAGUGAAGGAAGAGGAUUAUGAAGAUGAAGAAAAGAUAGUUCUUGAAUCUCCAGAAAUUGUUAGAGAGGAAGAUAAAUCCGUACACAAUAAAACAAAACCACGUGUGGAGGACAUCAGUACUAUUAUGGAAGAGCCUUCAGUACUUGAAGCCUCGAACAUUUCUGCACGAUCUCGGCGUAGUGAAAAACCUAGAACUCCCGCUCCUAUUCCGGAGCCAGAGAAAUCAACAGUUGAGGAACCAAUCAAUACAACUGAUAUUUUCUCCAAUACAUUUACUGAGGCUGUAGUGGACAUGCCUGCUGACCCUCUGGCCCUCAACCCACAGCUCGAUCCCUAUGACCAGGAUCCCCCAUCUAUAGCCCCAUUUUCUGUCCCUCCUCCUUCAGUGCCGCCUCCUUCUGUAGGACCACCACCAUCAGAACCACCUCCAAUGGCACCAACAUUCAGCAUAGAGGGUGAUUUGGAAACGGAGGCCAUGCCAGAAAAUGAGGAACAAGAAGAGUUAAGAUGGACAAAACGAACACAAAAAAUGCAGCAUUCUCUCGAGAUUGGUUUUCGUUAUAAAAACCCUCUUGGAUUUAAGGAGAUGUCUAGGAAUCUCAAUCGCAAGCAGGCUGCGGCCCGUUUCUAUACUCUACUUGUGUUAAAGAAAUAUCAGGCUGUUGAAGUUGACCAACCAGAGGAAUUUGGAGAUAUCUACAUCAGAAAGGGUCCUCAGUUUGGCGUCGCAUGUUGAGGGCAUUGUUUUCUGUUAAUAUGUUUUCAAAGUUUAUAUACUGCAACACUUCAAAUCCAUUAUGUGUGCAGACACUUGCAAUGGCAAAAUGAUCAUCAUUUCAUCAAGUCGCUGAAAUUAUCCAGAUGUUCUGUGAACUGUCUGAAUCAAUACAUUAAUGAUUAGAUUGUGGAUGUUGAUAUUAGGGACAUUAUAAGAUCUCCUUAAUGUCAAUGUAUUUCAUGUUAAAAUGUGUUCAGAUUUUUUAUGGGUAAAUUGAUCCAAGAACAUUCAUGUCAUGAAAAUUGGGGAACAAAUUUUAAAUCUCAAAAAAAUAGUGUUUUAUCAAUAUCUUGCUGAAUUUUAAUGAAAAAGUACACCUUUUUUUUUUGCAUAAAUUGUUUAUUUUAAUUGAUAAUACUGAGUCGCCUACAAGUUUGAUAUCUGGCGACAAGACUUUUUCAAAGAAAGAGUUUUGGUUUUUUGAUUUGAGUCAUUAAAAGUGAAUGAAUGAGAAAUAUACAGAGAUCAUACUAAAUUGUGCAAUGUCUAUGUUAUUCACUGUUUUAACGUUAACCCUAGCGGUUUAGUGAGAAUUAUAAUUAGAUUUUCUUUCCACAUUUACAAAGCUAGUUGAGGGGUAAGCUGCAAUACCAAAUACCUGAAUCGUGAUCCAUAAUAAAACAUCACCCCUUUACUGUUAUUAUACAAUCUAUCCCUUUUGGAAUAUUAGUAAUUGUUUUUAAACUAUUGAUAAUGAGGUCCAGGUUUUUAUUGAAGGAGAUUAUUAUAUUUCAGUAAUAUUCUUCUAUUUAAAAAAAAACAACAACAUGUUCUAAGUAAAUUGUAAAAGGGUUUUCAUUUGGAAAACUAAAGCUAUCUGUUUCCUGGUAUUGACAAGAAAAUUUAAGUAUUAUUUUCGUUAAUUGUCCAGUGUUCAUCUCUGUGUGUAGUUCAUCGUCAAUAAGUUGUAUAUAACAUCAAUCAUCCAGGGGUGUUUUGUAAUACAGGAGUAAAUACUUUUAUUGUCAGUUAAGAAUUUCACUGAAAAGGCAGCUUUUCUUUUAAUUGACACCUGAGUACACAAAACUAUCAUUUUAUACAAGUACCUGUACGCAUAUGAACAAAAUCUGAAUAUAAUAGUUCAAAGCUGUGUAAUACAUAUAUUUGUGUCUUAUUAAAGAAAAAGAUUUUCUGGUGAAUAGCAUUUAAAAUUGCUAUAAAUUUGAGGGACAUUUAGACGAGAAAUUCAAUAAAAAUUAGGUCAUUUUUGGAAUGUUUUCCUUUUGACAUUCAUAACAUGACGAUAAAGAUAGUGUUUAAUGUUGUGGUUGAUUUUGUCAAGAAAUAUAUAUUUUAUGCAUAAAAUUCAAGUUCCUUUAAAUUUCCUUUCCUUAUUUUAUAUAUUUUUUUUUUAGUCUUGAAUGGGAAUAAGCAGUGCUAUAAUGUCAAAUAAUAUUAUGGGCAUAUUUGAAAUUUGUAUCCAGCUUUAUUUCAGGGAAGGUCAUCUCUCAAAAUUUAUAAACAUGGAACUUUUAAUUAUUUAAAUUAUUGACAAGAUUGUAAAAUAUUGAAAUAUGUGUUUAUAUUAGAUUCCGCUUUGAUUUAAAUGUUGAAAAUCAUUGUUCUGAAUGUUGUAUAAAUGAUGAGAUUGUAAGGUCGUGUAAAAGUGGUAGAAGUAUUAGUUACUGUGGAAAUGACUGGGAUUAUUUUUAUAUGGGCUUAGCGGAAGUAACACAAUGGAUUUGUUUUAUUGCCGUUUUAGUUACAUGUGAAAUGAUGUUUUAUGUAAAUUUGUUAUGUAUGUAAAACUGGUUAUGUAUUUUCUCACAUCUUCAUCUUUUCUUUUUAGAAUCAUUCUUCAUUCUCGUAGCAUACGUUCAAUUUGUAUUAUAAUAAAAACUCAGUUGAAAUCUUAAAUAUAUAUAUAAA